AUAGAAGCUUCAGUGUCAUACGUAACAUCACUAGUUCGAGCACUUCCUUUUGCGAAAACACGUUUUUCAUUUGCGUUAUUUUAUUAUUUCCGGUAAAACAGUUGACAAGAAGUGACUGAUACUAACUGGGCCAAGAAAGAGUGAAUUUUCCACUGGGUUUGAAAACACCAAAAAAAAAAAAAAAAAAAUACAAAAAAAAAAAAAAAAAAUGGCAGAAUCUCUCUUUGAUGCUCAAAAUCCUUUAAACUGUCCGGUCUGUCUGAAUCUGCUUAAGAACCCAGUGACUACAUCUUGUGGGCACAGUUUCUGCAUGGACUGUAUUAAGAGAUGCUGGGACCAGGAGGUUCAUAGAGGCGUUUACAGCUGCCCUACAUGCAGGACAACAUUCAACCAAAGACCAGCUCUCAGCAGAAACACUGUACUGGCUGAUAUUUUAGAGGGAAUGAAGCAGAAAGAUCCAGCUAGACCUGGAGAUGUGACGUGUGAUGUUUGUAAAGGAAGAAAAGUAAAAGCCAUCAAGUCUUGUUUGUUUUGUAUGGCUUCUUACUGCCAAACUCACAUCCAACCUCAUUAUGAAUCUGAAGCUUUUAAAAAGCACAAGCUGGUCAAAGCUUCCCCAAAUCUACAGCAGCAGAUCUGCCCUCAACAUCAUAAAGCACUGGAGCUUUACUGCUACAAUGACCAGAAGUGUAUUUGUGUAGUUUGUAUGGGAAAUCAGCACAGUGGACAUAAAACAGUCUCGGCUGCCGCUGAAAUGGCAAAAAAACAGGAGAACCUAAAAAAAACCAGGAGGGAUUUCAUUCAGCACACCACUGACAUAGAGAAGGAGAUUGAGCAGUCUCUGAAAAAUGUGGACAUUUAUAAGCGCUCUGCACAGGCAGCAGUGGAGAACAGUGACCGAAUCUUCACCGAGAUCAUUCGCUCCAUUCAGAAAACACGAGUCGAGGUGAGAGAGGAGAUCAGAGCUCAGGAGAACAAUGAAGUACAAGAUGCUGAGAAUCACAUAAUGAGACUGCGGCAGGAGAUUGUUAAACUACAUAAGGAGAAUAGUAAAGUGGAGACACUUUUACAUACAGAGGAUCACGUUUAUUUCUUCCAGAAUCAUGAUUCCUGUUCUAAGCUCAAUCAGCGCACAGUCUCACCCCGGGAGAUUAAUGACGUCCUGACAUUUCAGAUUGUAGAGAAAUCUGUAUCCCGCCUGAAGAUACAACUGGACAAACUCUGUCAAGAGCACAUGGGCAGAAUAUCACUGAAGGUUGCUGAUGUCCACAUGUUUAAAAACAAUUGCGAUUGGGUGCUGGAGGUGGUUCCUGGUGGGGAGGAUUCGGAACUGGAUUCAGAUUCAGAUUCAGAUUCAGAUUAAGAAUGGGAAGGAUAGACUGCAUCGACCAAAGGACAUUGUUGCUAAAUGGGUAGAUUACAUUACAUUAGCAUGAUACUUAAAUGGCCAUAAAACUAUUGCUCAGUUACUUGGUAAA